AUGGGAAAGAAGAGAGGCAACAAGAACGGUAAUCAGUCCGGGAAGCGUGAGAACAGAGGCUACUGGAAGGAGAUCGAGCGCAAGAACGAUCAAUGGGAGCGAUAUUAUAAAGCACAAGGGUUGAUUCCAGAGGAGGAGUUUGAUCAGUUCAAAAAAACAUGCGAGCAAGAUCUGCCGUUGACUUUUAGAAUCACCGGUUUCAAGAAGCAUGCACACGAAAUUUGCGACCUUUUCACCACAAAACACAUGCCAAAUUUGCAAAACGCAGACGACGAGACUUCCAAACCACCAUUUCCGUUCCCUUGGUACCCAGGCCAGCUUGGAUAUCAGAUCGAUUUGCCAAAGUCGGUCGUGAAAAAGAACCCAUUAUACGCUUCUACUCAGAAGUUCUUGGUUGUUGAGACCGAGGUUGGAAAUAUUUCCCGUCAGGAGGCUGUUUCGAUGAUUCCUCCGCUCUUUUUGGACGUGCAACCACACCAUUUCGUGAUGGACAUGUGUGCUGCGCCAGGUUCCAAGACCGCCCAGCUGAUCGAGGCCCUCCACAGUGGAGGUGCCGAGCCAACAGGUGUUGUUGUUGCCAACGAUUCUGAUUACAAGCGGUCUCAUAUGCUUGUGCAUCAGGUGAAACGGUUGAACUCUCCGAACUUUGUGAUUGUGAACCACGAUGCUCAGCUUUUCCCGAAAAUGAAGCUUACCGAGGACGGAGACUACAUUAAGUUUGACAGAAUUCUGUGUGACGUCCCAUGUACUGGUGAUGGUACCAUGAGAAAGAACCUCACUGUUUGGAAAGACUGGAGAAUCGGAAAUGCUCUGGGACUGCAUCCAUUGCAACUCAACAUCCUGAUGAGAGGUUUGCAGCUUUUGAAGAAGGGAGGAAGACUUGUUUACUCCACAUGUUCGCUCAGUCCGAUUGAAAACGAGGCAGUGAUCGCUGCUGCUCUUCGCAGAUGGGGCGGAAAGGUCAAGACCGUUGACUGCAGCGACAUGCUUGUUGGAUUGAAGAGACGGCCUGGUGUUUCUUCGUGGAAGACAUUCGGUAAGGACUGGGAGGAAAAGACCAAGGAGACUGACACCAACAGUCUUCCAAACGGCGUGUUUUCUCCUACCGAGGAGGAGGCCAAGGAGUUCCAUUUGGAGAACUGUAUGAGAGUGUAUCCACAUGACCAGAACACGGGUGGAUUCUUCAUUACUGUUUUGGAGAAGGUUGAUCCCGAUGAAGAGUUGAGAGAGGACGAGGAGCCAGCCAGCAAGAAAAUGAAGCUGGAGACCAAGACAGAGAACGCCGAGUCGGCUGUUCUUGCUCCAGUGAAGAAGGAGAGACUUCCAAGAGACGCGAACGAGGAACCGUUUGUGUUUCUGCCGCCUGACAACGAGGAGUUGCAAAAGUGUUGGGAUUUCUAUCAAGUCAAGGAGUCUUUCUCAAAAGACACAAUGUUGGUCAGAAACGCUACCGGCGAGGCUCUGAGAACCAUCUACUACGUUGCUCCUGUUGUGAAGAAGAUCAUCGAGACGAACGAGCGCAAACUGAAGCUGAUUUACGCGGGUGUGAAGAUGUUUAUUUCUCAGAGAGCAGAGUACUCGCAGCAAGCAUGUCCAUGGAGAGUACAGUACGAGUCUGUUCCUAUUUUGAAGGAGCAUCUGGGACCAAACCGGACUUUCCAGAUCAACCUUGAUCUGUUGAAGAUUUUGUUGAGCGAGCCGUUCCCAAACGUGAAUAAAUUGCGGGAGGAUAAAGUGGACCCUGAGUUUAUGCAGGAGAUUACAGACUUCCCUGAAGGAUGUUUUUUUGUUGAGGUGAACCGUGGCGAGGACAAGGAGGAGCUGUUCCUUCCAUUGUGGAAAGGCCGCUCGAACUUCAACUUGAUGGUCAACAAGCACGAGACCCACGAAUUACUCUACAGACUGUUUGGGCUUGAAAAUUAA